UGGCACUGUCAAAGUAGUUCAAAUGUUUUAUUUAAAAAAUAUUGUGAAACGUCAAUAUUUUCCUUAUUUUGGCAAAAUAUUUGUUUAAAAACCUGCAACAACAAGUAAAGUUAACAGAAAUAUGUUGAUAACAAUGAUUUAUUUGUUAAAGAAGAUAUAAUUAUAAGUUUAUGAUGUUUUUGCUAUUAAACAAAGACUUCUUUGUUUCUGCUGAUGCCUUAAAAUGGAUUUAAAAUAAUAAAUUGCUAUUACUGAUAAUAAUGAGUAAGAAGACUGUAUUUCUAUGUAAAAAUGGAACUUUUGAAGACAAGAAGGAAAUUAAGGUGGAUGAUUCAAUUGACGAUUUAUUAAAUCAAUUAUCAUCAAAGUUAAAUAUAUCAGCAAAAACAAUAUUCAUAGAAGAUGGUGCUGAAGUUAAAGAUGUUAACUUUACUAGAAAUAAAGAUAAGCUUCUUAAAUCAGUGGGGGAGGAUUUUAUAGAACCCAAAGUAAAAGUUAAAUUUGGUGAUUGGAUUACACUUAAUGUAGGUGGUAAAUGUUUUACCACUUCAAAGAGAACCCUGACAAACAGCGAGCCAACAAGCAUGUUGGCUAGAAUGUUUUCUGAAGAUGAGGAUGGUUUUCUUUUUACACCUAGUUCCAUGGAUAAAAAUGGAGCUUUUUUGAUUGAUAGAAGUCCCACAUACUUUGAACCAAUCUUAAAUUACCUAAGAUGUGGACAAUUGGUGUAUGACAAACAUAUAAACCCUCAAGGUAUUUUGGAGGAGGCUAGGUUUUUUGGUAUUGAAUCCAUAAUACCUGAACUGGAACAAACAAUUAAAAGAGAAUGUGUACAAAGGGAUGCCUUACCAUUGUCCAGAAGAGAUGUGAUAAAUGCCUUAAUAAAGAGUCCUUAUACUGCUGAGCUGAGGUUCCAGGGGGUUAAUUUGGCUGGUGCUGACUUGAGUAGGUUAGAUUUGAGAUACAUUAAUUUUAAGUAUGCCAAUAUGCAGGGAUGUAAUUUGACUGGAUCUAAUUUGAGCUGGUGUUGCUUGGAGAGAGCUGAUCUAUCACAUGCCAAUUUGGAUUGUGCACAUCUUUUAGGUGUAAAAAGUCUCUGUGCAAAUUUGGAGGGUGCCACCAUGAAAAACUCAAAUUUUAAAGACCCAGGAGGCAAUAAAGCCAACAUGGAAGGAGUAAACCUUAAGGGAGCCAUUUUGGAGGGUAGUGAUAUGGGAGGGGUGAAUUUAAGAGUUGCAACAUUAAAAAAUGCCAACUUAAAGAACUGUGAUUUAAGAGCUGCAGUUUUGGCUGGUGCAGAUUUAGAGAAUUGUGAUUUAUCUGGAAGCGAUCUUCAUGAAGCAAAUUUAAGGGGUGCAAAUCUUAAAGAUGCCGCUUUUGAAUUAAUGCUUACACCUUUGCAUAUGUCACAAACUAUACGCUAAAAUGUGAUUAAAUAUAUUUUGUUGUUAAACGUGGGAGCACUUCUUAGUGAGUGGGGAAUAUCGCUUCGACGAUAUUCAUUAUACUACUAUUAUAAUUAGUAUAAUACUGCUACUUGCUAUAUACAUAGCAAGUCACUGGCCUUAAGAUGAAGCUGUGCAUUCCCUAUUGUAAAUGACCGAUAGAAUCUAAUAAAAAAUAAUAAAUUGGUUUGAAAUGUGUUUUGGCGCUGUGAAUCACCAAUUCAUUCCAGUUGCAUUCCUAUUGGUAAGUUCCAAUGAAGUCAGCGGCUUAAAUUGGAAUAUACCAAUCCAUGCCUAUGCUUGCCUCUAUUGGCUAAAUGCACCUGGGAUGAAUUGGUAAUUCAUAGAGCCAAACCCAUUCAAAC